AUGUUAGUUCAGACACAGCCCAAAAAAAAAGGCGAGCUUACAAGAACUCAAGGAAGCAAAAAGAAUCGUGUUGAAAUCAGUGACAUGGAUCCUGAAGUUUUUAAGGAAAUGAUAUACUUUAUGUACACUGGAAAGGCACCAAACCUAGGGAUCAUGGCAACUGAACUGCUGGAGGCUGCAAGCAGGUUUGGUCUGGAGCGCCUGAAGCUCAUGUGUGAGAACCACCUGUGCAGCAACCUCUCUGUGGAGAAUGCCAUGGAAAUCCUCAUCUUGGCUGACCUCCACAGUGCACAUCAGUUGAAAACCCGGACACUGGAUUUCAUCAAUUUUCAUGUUUCUGACAUCCUGGAGACCUCUGAGUGGAAGGCCAUGGUGGUGUCCCACCCUCACUUGGUGGCCGAAGCCUAUCACUCUCUGGUUUCCAUGCAGUGUGCAUUCCUGGUACCCCCAUGCAAGCGUGUGAGACUGUCCUAA